AUGGCACUUGGAUGGGUUCUAUUGGCUUUGAUGGUUCUCGGUGGCAUACCGCUGAAUUGGCUCUACGACGAUCCACUACAGCUGUGUAGAUCCCAGGGUGACAUCAACACUCUGGGUGAGCUGGCGCUAUGCAUGCAGCGUUUCGUUGUACCGGAGGGCACCAUCCCGCCCAGCCUAUGGCGCGAGGAAACCGGCUACAUUCCAAGCCUUCAACAGCGACACGACCUUGACAAGUUUAUUCGCAAUAUGGCCAGCGCGUCCUCGGCUGCGGCAUGCAAAAAGCUGCUGCUGCCGGCUUCCCUUAAGCGAGUGUAUCGACCGCCCCGGGUAUUCCGCGACGCUGAGGUGCGUGAGAGCGUGUGCCUGUUGCUGGAGCGCACCCGCGGUGGCCGGUUUGUAGCGGGAUGGGCAUGGCUGGCGGUGAGGCCUGAGCCCGCAGCGGUGGGGCAGUUGGCGAAGUCGGAGGAGGAGGAGGAGGAGGAGGAGGAGGGACAUGAGCUGGCGUCGAUCGGUGCUGCGAAGGCUGCAACACGUGCAGGAGCUUUAGCAACAGCCGCCCCUGGCGUUAUGGACGACACGCAGCCGUCAGGGACAGAGCAGCAGCGGCGACGGCGAGGGCGACAACAGCAGCAGCAGCAGCUGCGCUGGGUCAAGGCCUGGGUUGGGGUCUGGUACCGGGUCGUGGAUUGGUGGUUUCGGAGCUCCUGGGUCACGGCCCUGUGGGGGUUUGGCAACGCGGGGGUUGAGGUGGGCAUGGAGACGCAAGCAGCAGAGGAUGAGGAGGCAGUAGCGGUGGUUGCGGCUGUAGGUGGCGGCGGGUUUCGGGGCGGCUGGUCACCGAGGGGCGGGCGGCCUUUGCGGCGGCUGCACCUUGGAGCGCCUCACCCCAGCUUUGAGGGACCCGUGGACCUGCAGGCGGUGGCGCUGUUCCGAGGGCUGCCCUCCCUCGCUCGGAGUGUGGUGGUGUCCGGGAAGCACCGCCGGGCGACAGCCGCAGACAGCGCCUGCCUGCCGGGAUUUGGCUACCCAGCCAGCGAUCCGAGCCACAACGACCGGGAUGCCUUCAACAUCAUCUCGUUUGCGCUGCUUCAACUCCACGGCAAGAAGGAGGAGAGCUGUCCUGUCAGCACUGUCUUCGCCUCCGGCGGGUUCGGAAGUAAUGCUACAGCCUUCUACAGCCGCAAGGACACGGCAGUAGCGGCCCUGGUGGCGGCGCUGGAAGAGGUCACCGGAGCAGCAGCAGCAGCAGCGGCGGCGCCUCCGCCCCCGCCAGCAGGCACCAGUAGCAGCAGUGGCGGCUGGACGGUGAGCCUGCCGCCAGAUGACCCGGCGUGUGCUCUAACAGCUACUCGCAAUGUGUUCGGCAGGGGUGUCAACGGCGUACCACGGCGGGAUGUGUGCACCAGGCCGGCGGAUGCUGGCGGCGGGAGCGGCGGCAGAAGCUGCUUCGGGUCGUUUGUGCACGUAGAGCAGGCAGAGGCGGCACGGGCGCCUGCGGUGUGGGCUCUGUGGGUCGAGGCGCUACAGAUGCUGCAGAGCUGGGCUAGGGUUGGUGAUCUGUAA